GAGGAAAGAGCUUCUCGCAGCCGUCAAAGCUCCAAGCUCACUUAAGGACGCACGCUGGCAAAACAAUAUGAGAACACGCAGAAGAUAAAGAAACCAACUUUCUGCGAUUUACGAAAGGAGUGAGCUUGGGUGUUGUUUGUGCGAGAGGUUUCGGAUGUGAAUUUGAUUCUAGCCUGUCAGUCAGAAUUUGCCAUUUCAAAUUCAUUCAAAGUAUUUGUGAAGGAAAUAAAACAUCUACAUCACAUUGUAGCCUUUUUGUUCACUUGAAGGUACUCUGACGUGACAGCAAAAAAACAACGAUUUGUUUACCUCCAUUUCAGUUUCUUUUCAGUGUAGAACAAAACAAACUCUGAAAGCAGCGUGAUCAUCAGAGAAGGGUUGCGCAGACCACCAUUUUUCAAACAGACUACAUCUGUAAAUACUUCAGUAAUGUCAGAUGAAGCUGAAUGAGAAUUACAACACUCGAGCUAAGAAGGGAAAGAUGAUGGCCGAUGCUCAAACUGUUGAUGGCUCCCUUGGUGGUCUUUGUACACCCCUCUGAAUGUGAUCCGAUGAACGAUCAAAAUUCACCAUCGUUUCUGACAGUCUUCUGACUUUUCUUUAACAUGAAAUACCUCUGUUUUCAGUUCUUGUACUGGAGUUUUUAAAGAACUUGAGUUGUGUCAUUCUUGAAGUUCUCUUCAACUUAACAACAAGCAGACUUGACAACAACAACCAUGCGGUUUUUGGUUUGAACGUGACAAUAAAUAUGAAUUAUUGUGUAAUGUACAGCCGAGGUGAUAUCUUCAUAAGGCAUGAAGAAGUGGAUUUGUUGAAGACACGCCAGAAAGAUCAAGUUGUGACGGAGGAAAUGCUUAUUGCACAGAAACUUGACGUUCAGUAUGAUUGCCUCCGUUUGCAUCCCCUUCAUUGACUUUCAAAAGAGUUUGAUGAUGGGACAUCACGCACCUGUUGUAGAUAUUACAGAAGUCAACUAAACCGUUGUAGCGUCUUCCUGUGCUAAUCGUGCGUAGUGCUUGAAUGGAUGUAUAUAGGGGCAAACAAAUGCUGGUUGUCAAAUAUCGUUUUCCCAAUAUUGGUGGUAUCUGGGAUUGGAACAGAUUAUAGAGUCUUCCUUACAGAAGGAAUCCUCCAAUCGACCCCUUCUCAUGAACACCCUGAAUCUGAAGUCUCACUCCAGAAAACAAAACGCACAUUCCCAUUCACAGACUCUGAAGUUUUACCAAAUCUGUCAGUAAUAAACAUGAUGGAAAAGUACAAGGUAUUACUGUUACUCUCAGAUCCAUACCUCAUCGCUGGGACCAUGGUUUUUUUGGGACAUCUGCAGCUUCAGGAGUUCUGGUCAAAAACGUUUACAAAAAUGGGACCGGCUUAUUUGUUUGCCUACUUUUUGUUCGUGUUUUUAUUGGGAUAUAAUGGAAAAUGUGGCUUGUUUCGUUUGCAGCUACCUAUUUCGCUAUAUGUCCAUCCAAGAAGGUACCAAGAAUAUGCAACCAAAAUUUUAAUGAAGGGAAACAUGUUUGGAGCAUACAGAGUUGUGAUAUAUGAGCUAAUUGAAAUGAAAUCUAAACAGUUACCCAAAUUUAUUUUGUAUUAUGGUGACUUCUUAGAGAUGGGUAUAAUGAUCGUGGUUAGGGAAGCACCAAUAUAUACAUUUUGGUCGAUUACCAUAAGGAAGCCGAUAACUGAUAUAUUGGCCGAUAUACAGUUUCUUAAUAUUAAUAUAUAUUUUUUCUGAGCCUGAAACAAAAGGCAAAAAGUGGACAACUGCUUUUAUUUUAAAUUAUUGACCUCAGAAAACGAGGUAACAUUUCAUUCUUUUCUCUGAAAAUCAUGUACCAAGCCCUACUUUACACUAGAUAAAGAUUUUAAACUUUUCUGGUAUAAUUGUAAUGUAAUAAGCAAAUUAUUAGCGAAAAAUCAGCUGUUAGAUUUUUUAACUAUAAGGAUAAAGCUAUAACAAUAACAAUACAGAGGAACGAUAUUGUUGGAAUCACUUUCAUAGCUAUUAUUUUGUCAGCUGAUCACAUCCAAUCAAAAUCCAUUCAAAUUUAAAGGGCUCACGCACUUAAAAUGUGAAACAACAGUGUACGAGCUUACAAUAAACAUAAUGCUAUCGACGCUAAUAUGAUUGUCGCUAUAGUUAUCGUUCUCUGUGUGAACGGACCUUUACUGUUACAGUUGUCCAUAUGUUUGAUCGAUGCAGAAUAGAUUCCACUUGAGGAUUUUAAACUAUUUGAUCAUUACAGUUCAUUACAAUCAAUGCUAUAAGAAGGAACUGACGUGUUUAAGCGAGUUUUGUUAUUUCCGCGAAUACGCCCAGAGCUACUAUAAGCAAAUAAUGAAUAUUUGAAGGACUUAAAUUUUUGCUUGUCCCCUGUUGCAAUUUAAUAUGGCUGUACUGUAAGUAUGCCAGUAUCCCAUCUGUUUAUGAGCAUAAAUACAAAGAUCAUCAAAUAAUAAGCGUAGCAUGUAAUAGCGCUUUGCAGUGCAGCUAUUUAUUUAGUUUGUAUUGGUGAAUGUUUGAUACAGUUUCUUGUACAAACUACAUUGCAACGUUGUGCAGUACGUAGUGCAGUUCUCCACAAGCCUGAAAAAAAAUCAUUUGUGUGUAUGUGUGUGUAUCUGAGGUCACUGGGCUUCCUUUUUGUUCACAGACUUGCUUUGAUAUCAUGAAGGAUUUUAUCAUUUCGGAACAAGAGGAGCAACUGUCUGCAACACUUUGUCAAAUGUUACGACCUUCUUUAAUGCAGUCAUUUGCCCAGAUAACUGCAUUGUUUUAUCAUCACAAACUACUUGAGCAUUUUGGUGUUUUGUUAUGUUAUGCAGGUUAACUGUUUUUCAGCUUUUUUAUAUUGGUUUAAGAAAUGUUGAUGUACGUGGUAAUAAAUCGUAACCAACCAAUUGGAUCAGCUCUUUUCCAUGGAUCAUGGUUGGCAGGUGUCUUAUUUUACAACAUGGUAGCACUUAAUGGAUUAUAUAGCAGAACAUCUGACCAAAAAAUGCCAAGUAUUACUAUGUACCAUUGUUUUUUCUUUUUUUUGAGUUUGAUAUAUGUGACCCUGGACAACAAAACCAGUCUUAUGGGUCAAUUUUUCAAAAUUGAGAUUUUUACAUAAUCUGAAAGCUGAAUAAAUAAACGUUCUAUAGAUAUAUGAGUUGUUAGAAUAGGACAAUAUCUGGCUGAGAUACAACCGUUUAAAACUCUGGAAUCUGAGAGAGCAAAAAAAUCAAAAUAUUAAGAAAAUUGCCUUUGAAGUUGUUAAUCAGGGGCACUGUGGCAGACCAUCCACUCACAAAAAUAAAGUUUUUAUAUAUUUAAGGUAGGAAAUUUACAAAAUAUCUUCAUGGAACAUGAUCUUUACUUAAUAUCCUAAUGAUUUUUGGCAUAAAAGAAAAAUCAAUAAUAUUGACCCACACAAUGUAUUUUUGUCUUAUACUAAAAAUGUUCCCGUGCUACUUAAGACUGGUUUUGUGAUCCAGGGUCACAUAUAUGUUGCACUGUUCCUUCACACAUCCAUACCUCAGUGUUGUUUGUAAGCAUUAUUACCUCAGAACUCGUUCUGGUUUGAUCAUAUUUACUUUUUCAUUUUGCUGUUGAGAAGAUUUGUAACAUUGAUUUUGGCAGGGUAUGAAUGAGAGCUGACUACAUUUCUGAUUCAAGUACGGCAACAACCACAAUUAUAGAAAAUCUUACUAAACCUUUUCUUUUCACGUCACGUAAAAUAUUUGGUCAAUGUUCCAAAUUUGUUACGAUGGAAUUCUGUGUAUUUGUUUCAAUGGUUUAGAUUUUUUUUAAGUUUUGAGGAUAGUUACAACCAGCAUUUAAUUGCUACUUUUCCAAGAAAUUGUUUUAUCCUUUACUGAAAUAUCUUUUAAUGUGACUGAAAGUAAAUGUAAAUUUGAAUUAUGGCAAUACAUUAAACGUUGGAAACUGCAUUGAUUACAUCCUUAGUCGUUUAUUAUUCUGAGCUCUCAUGUUUGUAAGAGCAAAUCCUAUAGAUAUCCAAUAAUAUAAGAAAACAAAAAUCAUGUUUUUUAUUAUGUUUUCAUUGUUUUCAUUCAAACAAACCAACUGCAGUUUGAUUGAUAUCAAUUGGAAUGAACAAUAAAAAACAUGAUAUAUCAUAUAUAAAUAGUAGGCCUAUUAAAUGCAUGAAAUUGAUAUAUUUAACUUUGUGUUAGAAAGAUAAAGCAAAGGAUGCAUGAAAGAUUUCAUCUAUUGUUACAAUCAAUUGUUCUAUGUAACGGAAUGCAAAUCUCUUCACUGAUCAAAUCGUGCAAUACAUUUUCCCGUCAAAACAACUCUGGACUGGCCGAGCAUGCUCUACUCCUCUAGUACUCGAGCUUUUACAACGGAAAGAAACUGCUGAUGUUGUUCUUUCACUGGAUGUUGUUGAUGUUUGUGCACAUUAAACGGGCCACAGGAGAGAACGGACGCGCAUCUGGUUGCACAAAGCCGUGCACAUUAACUUGUGCAGAUGUUGACACGCGUAUUAACUACACAGGACGUGCUUACCCCGAAAUCCGAUCAUGCACACACGCAAAAACACGCGUACAUUUGUCGGAAGUAGACAAAGUAGCUGUUCGGUAAACGGUACAGCUGCGCGCGCAUUUACAUUCUCGCGACGGAAGUGCAACGGCUGAAACCCGGAGGAAAGCGACAACUGAGCGAAAACGAAGCGGAAUUAGUCAAUGAUAGAGGGAGGAGAGAGAGAAAUUGAGUGUGUGCGACUGGGAGGCUGCUGGACGCAGGGCCGAGGUGGACGUGGCGGGUCCGGCAGGAGUUUGAAGCGGCGCGUUGACGGCCCAUAAAAAAAGCGAUGCACCGAAAAAACGUCAGGUAAAAUCGCACCAGCCUAGUUUUUAUUCGCGUUUUGCCAUUUUCAUCUCCCCCCUCCUCCCGUAUCGCCGAUGAGAGCGUGCACGAGCCGCACAAGUCAUGCAAGUCAAUCCGCGCGCUCCUCUAUCGCACCGAGCGCCUUUGCAUUGUUAUGCAAAGAUGAAAGAGUCGACGUUUGCGUGCAAAAGUUGCAGCUGGAAAAGCGGUGCACAACUUUCCCUCGUCGCCUCGCUCGCAUAGCUGAUGUUCAGCUAUAAACAAGAUGGCCACUGGCUCGCACGCUGAAGCUGUGGCAUUUUCACCCUCCUGCCUUUGUAUGUUCUUCAUCACCGCCGCUGGAAACGCAGAAACGCGCGACGCAUGCCGAUAUAGAACCGCUGUUCGCGACGCGUUCCGCGCUUGUUGCACGCGUACGCCGUUUCCAGACGUCUUGCGUUAAACGGCUCUCAUGCGUGGAAAAAAAUAGCGAAAGAUUUAUUGUGCGCAAAACGCCGCCGGAUUCAAGACGGGCGGAGGAAAAGUAGGUGAUGCGUGGCGAACUAGCAAACCUACCGCGGAGAGUUGCUUCGGGAUUCGGUUUAAAAUCUCUUUAGCGUUGUUUUACAAAAUGCUUGUAACGUUUAAAGUUUUUGUGCUUUUAUCGCUGUUUUGUACUUUAAGGCUAUCCGCGCGCGCAUUUAGUAGAAAUGACGUGAACGUUGCGAUUACUAUCAUCGUCAUUUCAUUCCGUUAUGUCAGAAAGCUUUGACGUGUAGAUUUGAACGCCUGAUGUAGCUCAUGCAUGUAGGAUGUGGUAAAGCUUCUAUCAUGGUUUUGCAAAGCAAAAACUGGUCGAAUCGUGUCAACUAAAUAUUAUGUUUUGCAUGAACAGUUUUGUCGCGUGCAUUUGGAAAGAAUUGAUAACGUCAAUAAAGUUUAUUUGCUGGGCAUAAAGUUUGAGAGUAAACUGAAUUUUGACAGGCGCCAGGGGAGUCGUUGCCGUUCCUAACCCAGGCGAGAGGUUACAGUGGGCGCCAGUGGCGAACCCCUUCCACGUUUGCCUCGGUGAAAGUAAGAUAUAAUACUCAUAACGGAUACGUUUACUGCUCGGUGGACUCGCUUCCACCAGGAUGGCAGAGCUGGAGACAGAAUGCAUCACUUUAGGACUAAAUAGCCUAGUGUCGGAAUGCGGCUCUCCGCCCCUCGACACGUUGCAAGCGGAGUGUGCCACGCCCACGCUGACCAUGCUGUCGUCAGAAUGUAGCACUCCCACCCUCAGCUCGCUGGCCUCCGAUAUAGUGGAGCCCAUGGCCAUGCUGCCGUUCGUGAAAAGCGAGCCCGACCUCGACCCCAUCUGCACGGUGGACCUGUCCGUCAUCCAGCCGCUGAGCACGGCCGAGCUGGGCUCCGAGCAGAUCAAGAUGGAGAUCAGCGGCCUGGACUACAUCAAGUCCGAGCACCACGACCUCCAUUCCUUCCACGGUACGGAGCUGGACUCCUACAAGUCACACUACGAACCCAGUCUGGUGUUCGACUACAUCACCCACGUCUCCGACAGCCUGGAGUACAUCAAGUCGGAGCAGCACUCGGACCUGCAGAGCUACUACGCCACGGAGCUCGGCGCCAUCAAAACCGAGUACGAACCCAUCCUCAUGUCCAGCCACAUCAAGACGGAGAUGAACGGUCUGGAAUCCAUCCACAUGGCGGAGUUGCGAACCGAGCUGAACAAACUCCGACCCGACACCGUCAUGGACGGCAUGGGCAAACUAGACUCGGACUUUCCCUCGGGAAAUCUUUACGAACUGACGCCCGUCGCGCACAACCACACCAGCACAAAAGGCCACGCGCCGACUCCACGCAAACCUCGCAACCUCACGGGCGAGAAGCCGUUCUCCUGCACUCAGUGCAGCAAGAACUUCAGUACUUUGGGCAACCUGAAGACUCACCAGCGCAUCCACACGGGCGAGAGACCGUACACCUGCUCCCAGUGCGGUAAGAGCUUCGGUCAGGCCGGCAACUUGAAGCGGCACCAGCUGAUCCACACGGGCCAAAAGCCUUACACCUGCGCGCACUGCCCCAAGGGUUUCACCAAAGCGGACGACCUCCGCUCGCACCAGCGGCUGCACACGGGCGAGAAGCCAUUCGCUUGCGCCGAGUGCGGCAAAAGCUUCGGUCAGACCAAGGAACUCAAAGCCCACCAGCUGAGCCACACGGGAGAGCGGCCGUACUGUUGCUCGCUCUGCGGUAAGAGCUUUACGAAAGAGACCAGUUACCGCCAUCACCAGCAAAUACACACAGGCGAGAAGCCCUUUACCUGCUCGCAGUGUGGCAAAUCGUUCAGCAAUCCAGGGGUCCUCAAAACGCACGAGAAGAUCCAUUCCGGUGAGCGGCCGUUCGGCUGCACCCAGUGCGGCAAAAGCUUCGGCCGCCUGGGACACCUUAAAGCGCACCAGCAGAUUCACACGGGCGAACGGCCGUUUACCUGCCAGCAGUGUGGCAAGAAUUUCAGCCAGUCAGGUCACCUCAGAGCACACGAGCAAAUUCACAAACGGGAAAAACCCGAUCUCAGCAGCGGCAGCAGUCUUAGCAACGACAGCAGCUAAACACCUCAUUUUACGUCUCAAAGUAUUACUCUUUUCUUUCUUUAUUCUUUUCUUUUGUUUUGUUUUUAUAAAAGCUACAGUAUAUAUAAAUAUAUUAUAAAAUAUAUAUGUUUCAUUAUGUUUUCGUCUCUUUUCUUAAUAUCUUUUUUGGGUACAGUUUUGUGACUGAAGUCUCUAUGUUUGAGGUCACAGAGAGUCUUUGUAUCUGAUCUGUGUUGUAGUCAGUGACGUUCUAGUUUCUUUCCUCCAGUAUAAAAUACUCCGUGUACACGUUUAUUGGUAAUAUGUAAUUCUUAAACCAUGUACUGGAAUGAAUUAUUAAAGAAACUAAUGGAAAAAAUCUGCCGUUUAGCGUUCGUCCUUAAUUCAAGUAUGAUUUUUUUACUUUAAAUAAUCUCAGUUGCUGUUCAAGUGUUUUAUGGUGUUAAAUUCAUUGCACUUUUGUCUCACCGUGUGUUUUUGAGUGUAGAGAUGAUUCUGUAGCUCUGGUGAUGUUGCUCAUGCAGUGGUUGAGACAGUGAUGCUUGGGAGACACACAUUGGCUCUCAAUCGAAUUUACUUUACAAAUUAAAUGUUUUAAUUUACAGAGAUGCUAAGAGACAAAAGUUCAUCAGUUGGCAUUUGUGGUGUUUUUGUAUUGGAAACAGUUUAUAUUAAACUAAAUUGAACACAAAUGGGUGUGAUUGUGAUGUAUAAAUCUAAAUACAAUCGUUUAAUCUCGAUGUUUAAAAGACAAUUGGAAAGAUUUGGAGUGCUUUAAAAUGUUCUUUUAUUAAUUUCCAUGCAUAUGGAUUUGUUUAAGGUGUCAGUUUGAAUGUACAUCUUAUGUGGUCCAUCCUUCACAUUUUUUCUCCAGCAGAAAGUUCCAGGCGUUUAAAGGAAAAAAAAACAUAUUUGUUUAGUUUACUAAAUGUGUUUUUGAAAACUGCGUAGUCACCUGGAUGAUCGAGCGAUGCUUUGCAUGGAUUUGCAGGAUUUCUCUUCCUAAAAUCAAUUGUAAGUCUUCAUUCUAAAUCCUAAAUGUCUUUUGUGGGGCACAAUGUUCUUAUUUUCUACUAGAGAUUUCUUUUUUUAACCAACAGAGGUCACUGGUGGCUCUUUUCUGGAGGUUUGUCACCAUAUUUCAUCUGUCCUAGUUUUUCAAAGCUCAGAUGAUCUGAUGCCUUUACAGUUUUAUCUCAAAUGAACCAGUAGACACAUUUUGUUUGUUUCAGCUUUAGCAACUAUAGGAGUUAAAGAGAAGUCUUUCAUCGUGUAUUCACCCUCAUUUCGUUUUAAAUGUGUGACUUUCCCUCUUCCCCAGAACACAAAAGAUGAAAUUUGGUUGAUUUCCAUUGUAUAGACACAGAACACAAAUAUUGUCAUGAGUCAUGAACAGAUUUUGAACUGCAUAAGGUUCGAAUUUGUAUUUUCUUGAUCACUGUGGCAUGAAGCCACUCUGUGGUUCGUUUGCGUAGUUGUAUCUUAGAAAGUGGACA